UAUGUUAUAUGAUGGUAGUAGUAAUAGCUUCAAUAAACAGUAGUUCAUUCAUCACAUUUCCGUUUGAACUUUUCUGUGAGGAAAUGUCAUAACAAUAAUUAUUUUCCAUUAACAAGGAAACAAGUAUCUAAACUUAUUAAUAUUACAUUAUCAUCAUUGAAAUGUGCAAUUGAAUAUUUGGUGCGUUGGAAGCUGCAAUAAAUUUAUAUAGUGUCCUUAAGGAAUAAUAAGGAAAUAGUUGAAAAAAUGAUUAAAGCAAUUUUGGUAUUUAACAAUCAUGGGAAACCACGACUUUCAAAAUUCUAUCAAUAUUUCCCAGAAGACAUGCAACAGCAAAUAAUAAAAGAAACUUUUCAAUUAGUUUCCAAGAGGGAUGAUAAUGUUUGUAAUUUUUUAGAAGGAGGAAGCCUUAUUGGGGGAAGUGAUUACAAGUUAAUUUAUCGUCAUUAUGCUACUUUAUACUUUGUAUUUUGUGUGGAUUCCUCAGAAAGUGAACUGGGCAUUCUGGAUUUAAUACAAGUUUUUGUAGAAACACUUGAUAAAUGUUUUGAAAAUGUGUGUGAACUUGAUCUAAUCUUUCAUGUUGAUAAAGUUCAUUAUAUACUUAAUGAACUUGUUAUGGGUGGUAUGGUGCUUGAGACCAAUAUGACAGAAAUUCUUACUAGAAUAGAAGAUCAGAAUAAACUGGAGAAACAAGAGGCUGGAAUAAUAGCAGCUCCUGCAAGAGCUGUUUCAGCAGUGAAAAAUAUGAACAUUCCCCAGCAGAUUAAAGAUAUCAAAUUGCCUGAUCUUCCUCAAGCAAUAAAAGACCUCAAAUUCUGACCUCCACUUCAGAAUUUGCGUAAAAUAGACUAUAGUGCAAUUUAUCAGCCAGGUGAUAAUUCUCUCCUAAGUGCAUCAUCCACAUCAAGAUAUACAUGAAUCAUUGAUAGAUAUAUUAUAAAAUACUGUUUUGUAAAAACUAAUAAAUAUGUAUAAGAUAA